AUCCUCGCACUUUUAAAGCCGAGCAACAUCAGUUGGAUGUUAUAUUUCUAGCAUCUGUGAGUUAGCAGUACUAGCUAGCUUUAGCUGGAGCGAACAGAUAUCACCUACAGUUAGUUAGCGUUAGCUGGCUAAAUGUCAGCCCGGGUCGGGCAGACGUUGCCAGGGCUGAAGCAGGUUGUUUUAUCGUCCCGGUUGUAAUUUCCCUGCGCUCUGAAUUAAACUCAGACAUUGUUGGCACCAGAAGUAAAUACGUGUCACUCCUGCUGCUGACAGCAUGGAUGUAACGUUAGCUCAGAGAACAGACUCCGGACUAACCGUGUUAAUGCUGAAUCAGUGUAACAGACCUCUGCUCAUUUUAUUUCAUAUUAACAGGAGUAUGGCUAAGCAGACUGAAGACAUCAUCUCGGUAAAGGGUCACACCUUCACUGACCAUACCUUUCAUCAUUAUUCAGGAAUGAGUCUGGACAGGAUCUACAUGGACUACAAUGCUACUACUCCACUGGAGCCAGAAGUGAUCCAGGCCAUUACUGAAGCCCUGCAGGAAGCCUGGGGAAACCCGAGCAGCAGCUAUAUAGCAGGUGCCAAGGCCAAGGCAAUCAUUAAUCAGUCCAGAGAGAAUGUGGCAAGAAUGGUUGGAGGGAAAGCAGAGGACAUCAUUUUUACCUCAGGUGGAACAGAGGCCAAUAACCUGGUGCUACACACUGCUGUGGAGCACUUCAGGAGAAACUGCAGGGCUGCAGAGCAAGGUGAGGGGCACCACAAUGGAUGCACGGGCCUCCCUCACAUUAUCACCUCUAAUGUGGAACAUGACUCAGUCAAACUGGCAGCUGAUCACAUACAGAGAGAUGGCAAGGCAGAUGUUACGUUUGUGCCUGUGUCUAAGAUGACAGCCCGCGUAGAAGUGGACGAUAUCAUUGCUGCGGUGCGUCCUAACACUUGUCUCAUCUCCAUCAUGCUGGCCAACAAUGAGACAGGCGUCAUCAUGCCAAUCCAAGAAAUCUGCCAGAGGAUAAAAUCUCUCAACAAGCAGCGUGAGCGGCUCAGGAUCCUGCUCCACACUGAUGCUGCCCAGGCUCUGGGGAAGAUUCGAGUAGACGCCUGUGACCUGGGUGUGGAUUACCUUACCAUCGUGGGACACAAGUUCUACGCUCCUCGGAUUGGUGCCUUAUAUGUGAAUGGCCCUGGAACGAGAACGCCGUUGUAUCCGAUGCUGUUCGGAGGAGGACAAGAGAGAAACUUCAGACCAGGCACUGAAAACACACCGAUGAUUGCUGGUCUGGGAAAGGCUGCAGAGCUGGUGACCUCUCAUCUGUCAGAUUAUGAGAGUCGUAUGCGAAGCACCAAACUUUACUUGGAAGAACGACUGCGGACUGUCUUUAAAGACAGGAUCCACUUCAACAGCCAUUACCCCGGCUCCGAUAUCCUCCCCAACACAUGUAAUGUGUCUAUCCUGGGCCCAACAUUACAAGGCUGGAGGGUUUUGUCCAACUGCAGGAGACUGCUGGCCAGUGUCGGAGCUGCCUGCCACUCAGACCGUGGACACAGGCCUUCCCACAUCCUUCUGAGCUGUGGCGUCCCUGCAGAGGUGGCAGCCAAUGCUUUGAGGCUGAGCGUGGGCAGGGGUACGACCAGAGAAGAUGUGGAUGCAGUUGUGGAGGAUCUGAGGGAAACGGUGCAGCUGUUGGAAGAAAUGAACUAAUGGAUGUGAACAAAGUGAAGUAAUCCUGUAGGUCAAAGGAUGAAGGAUGUGCACUAUCUGCAUUUACUGUCACUUUAAAUGAUCAUGUAAAAUGGAUGAAAUAUUUAAUAUAAAUAAUAAAAGGGAAGAACUUG